ACGCUGCCGCUGGAACGAAUUGGAUCGGUUGUGAUUACUUGUGGUCAACGUUCUCCAUCAAUUUGUACUGUGACACGGUCUCGUGUAGUGUUUUUAAAUUUGUGGCUUUGCCUUUAGCGUCCCAGAAAGAAACUAUGUCGGAACAGAGUGCAUCAAUUAAGUUGGCCAUACAUCACAACGACAAGGGCGAAGGAACGUUAUAUCGGCUGAAGAAAAAUGCGUUAGUUCAUGUCCACCCGGGGGCAUCAUUGCUUGGUCGUCGGGUGGCCAUAUUCUGCAACUAUCCCAGUGAUGGACAAGAUUUCGAUCGUAAACGGUACACGCAGCUGCAGUGGUUCUCCCCUACCGGAACGCAGCUAACCGCAAGCGAAGCGAAAUUUUUACCAAUCAAGGACAUCGAUUGCUACUGCACGGUUCACCUAACACGCUCCGGAGCGUACCAUUUCUACAUUGUGUAUGAGGAUCAGAAAGGAACUGAGUCACAGGGUGGUUUGUACGUGCAGGUCGAACCUCAUCUAACCGUAGGUAAGGGUGAUGCACAAACACACCUUCCGUUGGAGGCCAUUCGAUGUCAGACGGUCAUCUCUAAAUUGAUGGGUCCCAUUAGCAGCUGGGAAGCAAAGCUACAAGUCACCAAAGAAAGUGGUUACAAUCUGGUUCACUUCACUCCUAUCCAAGAACUCGGUGGUUCCCGCUCAGCAUACUCACUGAAAAAUCAACUGAAAGUAAAUCCGGAAUUUAAGAACGAUAAGGAUCGAGAUGUCAGCUUUGAUGACGUCGAAAAGGUGGUCAAAAAGAUGCGAGAGGACUGGGGAAUCGCUUCGAUCUGUGAUAUCGUGCUAAACCACACUGCCAACGAGUCGAUUUGGAUUCGGGAAUAUCCGGAGUGCAGUUACAAUUGCUUCACUUGUCCGCAUCUGAGACCGGCCUUUCUGCUGGAUGCCGUAUUGGCAAAGUUCGGCGAGGACGUGGCUGCUGGAUUGCUCGAGCAUGUUGGGGUACCGAAGGUUGUAGAAACGGCCGAACAUUUGCAAGCCAUCCGGUGGCAGUUGCAAUCGAACUAUUUGCCGCAGGUUAAGUUGCAUGAGCUGUACCAGUGCAAUGUGGAUAAAUAUCUUUCGAAAUUCAAUGAGGAAGCUUCCAAGCAUAGCCCGACUCCUGUGCAGCAAGUUCCUGAUGGCGAUAUUGUGGUGAAACAAGACCCGGAGUACCGCCGAUUGGGAUCGGUAAUCGAUUUUGAUCGUGCGAUGAAAAUAUACAACGUUUUUCGGCAGGAUUGUUUUGACGAAGACAGCCGCAAGCGUAAGUGUGCUGAAGUAUUUCGUGCACGGUUGCAGUGGUUGAAUGAAGAGAUUCGUAAGGAAAUUCAGGGUCAUUUGGAUUAUGCGAUCGAAAAUUGCCUAGCUGGUGCCCGUUAUGAACGAGUACAGGCUGAUGGACCUCAGGUCAAGGGAAUUUCGCUGAAAUAUCCUCUGUUUAUGAAAUAUUUUACCCAAUACGGGAUCCAGGGUAAGUCUCUAAAGGAUGUCGAAGAGAUGAUGUACAUUGAACCGGGCAAGGUGUUCAUGGCUCACAAUGGUUGGGUUAUCAACGGGGAUCCGCUGAAGGAUUUCGCUAGACCACAAGGCGGAACGAGUAACGUUUACAUUCGGCGAGAGCUGAUUGCCUGGGGUGACAGUGUGAAGUUGCGGUACGGAGAUAAACCUGAGGACAGUCCCUAUUUGUGGAAACACAUGAAAGAGUACGUUGAUACGACCGCCAGAAUUUUUGACGGUGUACGAUUAGAUAACUGCCAUUCGACUCCGCUCCACGUAGCGGAAUGGUUGCUGGAUUCGGCUCGGAAGACCAAUCCGGAGCUUUAUGUGGUGGCGGAGCUGUUCACUAACUCGGAUUACACAGAUAACAUCUUCGUUAAUCGAUUGGGAAUUACGUCUCUCAUUCGAGAGGCGCUUUCUGCUUGGGAUUCCCAUGAGGAAGGUCGUUUAGUUUACCGGUAUGGUGGAGCACCGGUCGGUGCCUUUUUCCCCUGUCCGAAGCGUAUUUUAGCUCCAAGCAUUGCACAUGCACUAUUUAUGGAUCUUACACAUGACAACCCGUCGGCGGUGGAAAAGCGUUCGAUAUUUGAUUUAAUUCCAUCAUCUGCCUUGGUGGCAAUGGCGUGCUGUGCCACCGGCAGUAAUCGUGGCUACGACGAAUUAGUCCCUCAUCACAUCCACGUGGUCGACGAAGAACGCCAGUACCAGGAAUGGGGCAAGCAGGUCAGCAAGGAUACCGGUAUCGUUGCCGUCAAGGAAGCGCUCAAUCUGCUGCACGGUGGUCUGGCGACUCGUGGCUUCGAUCAGGUGUUUGUGGAUCAAAUGCACCCGGACAUCGUGGCCGUGACCCGUCAUUCGACCCUGAACCAUGAAACCGUCAUUCUGGUGGCGCAUUCUGCUUUCGGUUAUCCCGACCCGUGGGCCGGUCCGACUGGCGUGCGAUCGCUGCGUUUCGAGGGAAAUUUAAUGGAGAUAAUCUUCGAAGUGCAGAUUUACAAGAAAACCGGUCACACAUUCGAUCGCCCAACGGAAUUCACAAAGGACGAACAGUACAUCAAUGGAGUGAAUGAAUACGUGAUUGAUUUCCGCAAAAAUCUGAAAUUGGAGGAAUCGGAUAUCUUCCGAAAGGAUGCCGUUAUCGAUGGCAACACUACACAGUUGGAAUUUGUCAAUUUGAAACCUGGCUCAAUUGUAGCUAUUCGGGUGGCAAUGAAGGACAACGUUAAGCCACCCUUCGAGAAUCUGCAGGGUUUGGUGCGUGAGUUCCACCAGGACAAGGGAUCGCGUUACGCCGAGCUGCAGCACAUUCUAUCCAAGCUAGAUUUGGUCGAUUUUAACAACUUACUCUACUGUUGUGCCGAAGAGGAACGAGACAACGGUGGAGGGCCGUACAAUGUGGCCGGUUACGGUGAUUUAGUUUACUCGGGAUUGCAAGGCAUGGUCUCAAUUCUUAGCGAUAUUGGACCAAACAAUGAUCUGGGACAUCCAUUUGCCAACAAUUUGCGAAACGGAGAUUGGUUGAUUGAUUAUUGCGCGCAACGCUUGACCAAGUACCCAAACUUAGUGCCGGUGAGCAACUGGCUGACGAAGAACCUCGCUCCGCUGAAGGAAAUCCCGCGCUACAUGAUCCCCAGCUAUUUCGACGUGAUUCUAACGGGCGUUCAGCGAAUGGCCAUCGAUGCCGCGUGCAACCUCAUGACGGACUUCGUACGUCACGGGUCCAACUUCGGGCGCCGUUUGGCGCUGGGGUCGGUGCAGUGCAUCCGCGUUGCUCCAUCCGCUAAUCUGCCGAAGCUUAGUCCGACCGUCAACGAACCGAAGCCUCCCCAGCAGUGUGCCACACUGGCUGCUGGGCUGCCGCACUUCGCCACCGGGUAUAUGCGUUGUUGGGGUCGGGACACGUUUAUUGCCCUGCCUGGUUUGAUGUUCCUCACCGGUCGGUUCAAUGAAGCACGUUACAUGAUUCUCGGAUUUGGAGGCUGCCUUCGGCAUGGUCUGAUUCCAAACCUACUGGACGGUGGCAUGAAUGCUCGCUUCAACUGCCGCGAUGCCAUCUGGUGGUGGCUCUAUACGAUUAAAUUGUACGUCGAAGAGGCGCCCAAUGGCAAAGCCAUCUUGAAGGAUAAGGUCUCCCGACUGUACCCCACGGAUGAUUGCGAGGCAAAACUACCGGGAGAGUGUGACCAAAUGCUGUAUGAAACAAUUCAGGAAGCAUUGCGUGUACACUUCCAGGGCCUAUGCUAUCGGGAACGUAACGCCGGCUCGCGUAUCGAUGCACACAUGAAGGACAAGGGCUUCAACAAUCGUAUUGGAAUCGACCCUGAAACUGGAUUCGUGUUCGGUGGAAACAAUGCCAACUGUGGCACUUGGAUGGAUAAAAUGGGAUCCAGUGAUAAGGCAGGCAAUAGAGGAAUCCCGUCUACCCCUAGAGACGGGUCUGCCGUUGAGCUGGUAGGAUUACAGAUGGCGGGCUUGAGAUUUAUGCAGCGAAUGGCUGAGGAAAAAGUUAUACCGUUCAAUUCAGUGGAACGCACUUCCAACAACGGUACUAAGACCGUUUGGACCUACAAAGAAUGGGCCAACAAAAUUGCUGCCAACUUCGAAAAACAUUUCUACGUAGAUGAAAGCAGUGAUAGCAAGUACGUGAAUAAGAAGGGAAUGUAUAAGGAUACAUUGGGAUCGGAGAUCCCUUGGAUGGACUACCAAUUGCGUUGCAAUUUCCCAAUCGCUUUGGUUGCUGCACCUGAACUAUGCGAUCCAAAACACGCUUGGAGAGCGUUGGAGAACGCCAAAAAGUACCUGCUGGGUCCACUGGGUAUGAAGACACUGGACUGCGAAGAUUGGGGCUACCGUGGAAACUACGAUAAUUCGAUCGACAGCGACGACAAAGCGGUCUCUCACGGGGCGAACUAUCACAACGGCCCCGAAUGGGUUUGGCCGAUUGGUUUCUAUUUGCGGGCCAGGUUGAUUUUCGCUAAAGCGAAUGGUCUACUGAAGGAGACGGUAGCGGAAACGUGGACCAUUUUGCAAGCACACCUGAAGGAACUGCAAACCAAUCACUGGCGAGGUCUGGCCGAACUCACCAACGAGAGUGGCGCCUACUGUAAGGACUCUUGUCGAACGCAAGCCUGGAGUAUGGGUUGUGUGCUCGAAGUGCUGCACGAUUUGGAAAAAUACGAGAAAGAUCUGUAAAAUGGAAUUCGUACAAAAAUAUAUCAGCUAGUGUUGUCCGGUAAAUGUAGCGCACCGUUUAGUUAAAGCGAGCAAAUUGGCGCUAAAUUUUAACUAUUUAAUUGUUUAUGUUUGUGCCUGUAGUUUACAAUUGUGAAUUAUUUUAUAUCUGUUAAGUUUGCAAAGCGUAUUUUUUUCUUGGCAGCUAUAUGAUGGAAUAGCUGACAGCAUAUUGAAAGUAGAUUGAGAUUUAUGAGAGCCAAACCAAGAGAUAACGCUCAACAUGCUUGUAUCGUUGGCGUUACACGAAACGAGCCUGAAAAAAUGUGCAGCCUGUAUGAAAAUAUAAAAUAAAUCUGUUAAA